UCUGCAAAAAUGUUUUCUAAUAACUAUGUAAUAGGAAGACUUUUAUGUAAGACUAUCUGCAGUAUCAGAUCAUUACAAGUCCUGUACACCGAGGACAAGCAGUACAGUAUAACUCUCAAAUGCAAAAGCAAGAUGCAUUUCUGUCCCCAGGGGGCACUGCCAUUUUCACAGGAGCUUGUGGACUUCCUCUAUUGUUGACUUUUGAGGUAGAGGUUGGUGGAUCUGCUCCUGUCCCCUCCUGACUAGACCUCAAAGAACUGGGAGUGUACACUGGCAGCAGCAUCCAUUCAUUCCUGUAGAGAUUAGAAACAAGGACUUUAUUGCCCUGCUUGCUCAAAAGCCUCAGAAGAGGAGACAGAGAAAGUCUAAAGCUUUUGGAGUUGGAAGGAACCUGCUUCCUCCUGGCCCUGUGACUUUGAGAUCCACAUAAUUACAGAAGCAGCACAAAGGAGCUGAAAGAAAAUAUACUUCUUUAUUGAAAGCAAAAUGGUGCAACCAACUUCUAGCAUAUGGAGGCAUUUCCACCCGGCAAGUUAUUCUAAGAAAAAAAAUGUGAUUUGCAAAUACUGUCAAAUGAAAUAUGCAUUUCCAAAUGCUACUAGGAUGACCAAACAUCCUUGUAUGUAAGAAGUGUGCUGCAGACAUUAAAAAAUCCUUCAUGGGUGUAAGUGAGGAGGUAGAUCAUGAUGAUGAAAGUGUAAGUAGCUGUUUCCAACAUUCUCAAUCCAGCAGUCCUCCGGCUGAUUCUUCUUUUUCUAUAACAUCAGCAUCACAAAGGGUUGCCCAAUCAGCAUCCUCAAGUAACCAAAUAUUGCAGACAAAUGUAUACAAAAGACCCUCAAUAGCUUAAUUUGUAGACAAGAUGACACCUGAAGAUCAGGAAAAAAAAAUGACCAAGCUCUUGCAAGAGCAAUCUAGUCUUCUGGGAUGCUAUUGUCAAUAACUAAAAAUGCAUACUGCCAGGAAGCUUUUAAAUUACUAAGACCAUCAUACUAUUUGCCCAGCACACAUUAUGUGAGCAAGCCUCUUUUAGAGUCAGAAUAUGAACAUGUAAUGCAAUUUGUGCAAGGAAAAAUCAGUGAAGCACUGUGUCUUGCAGUAGUUACAGAUGGAUGGACAAAUGUGCGGGGAGAAAGAAUCAUAAACUUUGUGAUAACAACAUCUCAACCAGUUUUUUACAGAAGCAUUGAAACAGGAGAGAACAGGCAUACUGCAGAGCAUAUCGGUAGUAAAGUAUGUGAAGCCCUACAGAAGAUUGGGAGUGGUAAAGUAUUUGCUUUGCUGACUGAGAAUGCAAGUAACAUGAAAGCAGCAUGGGAAAUCAUAAUGGAUAAAUAUCCACAUAUUACUGCAAUAGGAUAUGCAUCCCAUGGGAUUAACUUGCUUCUUAAUGACAUCAUGAGGUUGGACACUCUGCAAAAGAUCUAUAGAAGAGCAAAAAAAGUUAUAAAACAUGUAAAAGCUACUCAUAUUGUAGCUACAGUCUUUGAGAAGAAGCAGGAAGAAAAGAAUGCAAAGAAUAAAAUAGUGACACUAAAACUCUGUAGUAAAACUAGAUGGGGUGAAGUGAUGAUCUCAUGUGAAAGUUUACUAAAAAACGAAGAAGCCCUUCAAGAAACAGUAAUAACUGAGGAUCUUAAAAUACCCAGAAAUGUAAGGAACACUGUACUUGAUAAGGAUGUCUUCUGGGUUCAGCUGCAGAACUCCCUGAAGAUUCUAAAGCCAAUUUCUUCACCAAUCACUGCAUCUGAAUCAGACAGUGCACUUCUGUCAGAGAUUUCUUACCAAAAGGCCCAGAUAAAAUCUACUGCUUUUGAGUAUCUAAGUGUAAGCUUACAAGUACAAAAGAAAGAAAAGUGAAAGACUUUAUUAACAGAUGGGAAGAUUUUUGUUGCCAAUCAAUUCAUGGUGCUGCAAAUCUCAUGGGUCCAAGAUUCAAAGGCAGAUAUGUUAAUGAUGAUAGCACUCCUACUGCAUUUGACUGGAUUACAAAACAAGCAACACACUUAGGUCUUGAUGUUUGAAAGGUAUUUUCAAAUGUUGCAGAAUACAGAACAUCCACAGGUAUUUGGUCCAGGAAUGCAGCCUGGGACUCUGCCAAGCAUAUCCCACUUGCAACAUGGCAAGGCCUUUGCAUGACACAGCCUCUGACUCUUCUUGCUUCUCGCCUGUUUCAGAUUCCUUCAUCUUCUGCAACCUGUGAAAUAAACUGGUCUGUUUGGAAAUACUCACAUCAAAUCAUGAAAUAAACUAACAUGUGAAAGAGUAUAGAAGCUUGUCUCAAUCCAGGCAAACCUUCAGUUUUUAGAACUCCAUGAAGGUGAUAAAAAUGAAGGAUCAGAAGAAUCAGAAGAAACAAGUUGCUGAUAGUGAUACCUCAGAAAAUGAGACUGAUUAGAUAAAGUUUCAAGCAGCAAAAUUUGUAUUCAAUGAGUUUUGUUUUUUCCCUUUUUUUUCCCCUCAGCCCUUUUUCUAAAAAUGAGUGAGUGCUUUCUGUAUCUACUUGACACUGUGAAGGAGACUAAGUCCAGAAUACAUAAUAACUUCCUUUGUUUUACUAUAAUGUUGAAGGUUUCUUCUAUUUUCAACUUUGAUUUUUGCCUGCUUCCCAUAAACUGGUAGCUUGUAGCCCCAUUUGUAACAAAAUCUAAAAAUGGUUUAAAGUAAAUUCAAUUAGUAUAUUUGUAAGUAUUGUCUGAAUAAACUACACUUUUAAAUUUAAUAAAUAUACCCAACACAAUCAUUUGAUGAGCAAAUCAAGUUCUACAAUACAUUUUAUGUUCUUAAAGUAGGAAAGUGAAUUUAGAUCUGUAAAGGGUGCUAAGAAAAUAAGUACUGCAUAUAUUUCAAUUUUCCCAAAAUUUCCAUUCCCACCCCCUGAAAAAAAAGUAGGGAAUUUUUUUUUUCCCCGUGGCUUCAAAAUUUCUGGAAAUUUUACCUCUCUAGACAUGUGACAUUGGACUGCAGCACCCUCUUCCACAAGGAGCAGGAAGGUGACUACCAGCUGCUGGGUAAAGUCAUUUAUGAGUUUUCAGAACAUUUUAAAUUGACUCACUAAUUAGAGACCAAACAAGUGUGUACCCUAUACAUUUUCACUAAAAAUGUUUAUUGUGGAUGCAUGCUUCCUUUAUAUGCAAGAUUCUUUCUUGAAUAACCCUACACUGAAUUUCAUCAACAACUAUGAGCUGGCUGAAGCUACAAGAUAGUUCAGAUUGUAACACUUGAUCAAAUACAUUGUGCCAUUGAUCAAAUUUUCUGCAAAUAUACAAUCUGUAAGUUUUAAAAUGAAAUAAAAGGUGUGGGUAUACAGUAAGUGCAAAUACCUUAAAAUCUUAGACCUAACUCUUCAGCACAAUUCUCAACUUUUCUAGACUAGACCACCCCUUGUCUGAUGUAAGGCACCUCUCAAAUAAUGCCAGGUCUUAGUUUUCACUGAUAUUUUUUAAUAUAGAAAAAUAAUAAAGCAGUUUUUUUCCUGUUGUAAUGCACUUAGAAAGACCACAAGAGGUCAGAAUGUUUUAACAUGGUGGAUUCCUAUUUGAAAUUUCUGUGUUUAUUGUGCGAAUCAUGUUUGCUUACCCAACAGUGCUAACAUUGUGUGGCACCCCGUGGCACUCUUGAAAGGAUGUCAGGGUUCUGUAGACUGCUGUGGCACUUGGGUUGAGAAUCCCUGCCUUAGCACAUUAGUAGAUAGAAUCUAAGCAGCAAAGCCUUGUUAUUAUGCAGAAUGGAUUUGAUUUUGCAAAAAUCAGUGGGUAUCUGCAGAGCUGGAAACAAGUCAGCUUCCCAAAUGAGAGUACUACCCAGCAGUGACAGAACCAAAGUCAGUCUAAUUCAAAAUUCACAGCAAGGCAUAAAAACAGAAUGCAAGGGUAAACAAACUGUAGUCUGUAAUAAAUAGCAAAGAAAUCAAAGCAGCAAGUUAAGGUGUCCUGAGCAAGGAAUGCAGAAUCGUACUUGAACAAACUGGAGAGACAUGCAAACAUAAAGCAUAAUCAUGCGCUUUGGAGGAUAAAGCUCUGAUGUUGAUGACACAGGGAAAAAGUGCUUGGAAGGCCCUGUUAAUUAACUUAUUUGACAAUCAAAUAAAAAGUUAACUUCAAAACAGCAGCUAGAGCUGAAUGCAGUAGAAUCACAGAUAGUGUCUGCAGAAUGGCUAGUGACCAGCAAACAAGAACAAGGCUCAGUUUAUAACUGGCCCAAUCUGCUAAAGAGCCAAAGAAAGGCUAAAGCUGGCACCUGUACAUGAGGACAGAUGUCACUCAGCAGAGUGAAAGCACAGCAAGAAGCCCUAUAUGUUCUGUGAGCCCAGGUGAUCACACUGGUGGUGUUAAGUCUGUCCAUUUUGUCCCCUUCAAUAUGGCAGUCCCUCCAAAAACCUUUGUAGAAAUUAGACAAAAUCUAUGGCAAUUGCAGUGCCUAGGAGUUCAAAACAGUGGUGUUAAUGCAAGGUGGCUUACAAGUUAGGGGCCAGAGCCAUGCAACCAGGGCCAUCCCACAGACCUAGGAAGAGAGGAGAAAUAAGAUCCACUCUACUAACGCAAAGACAAAUCAGGGAUCAGAAUUUUUCAUGAUGUAGCCUACAGAUUAAAAAGUUGGAAGAAAAAGCUACAGCAAGGAAAAAUCACCCCCAGAUUGCUCAGGAAGGCAGCCUUUUCUGUUCAAGUAACCACACAUUGUUGCAUUUGAUUUUCAUCACAAUGCUCUGUCACAACAC